CUGACUGACAGCGCUAUGCGGUGGUUACACAAACUGACAGAACACUGACGCGCGGGGUAUCGACAUGUACAAACGGCUAGCAUGGAGUAUUCACUACGGAUACAACAGUCUUUUCCUCCAUUUGAGCAUACUUUUGCUCGUGGCAGUAUGCGGCCGUGUGUCUGCAGUUACUGAUCGAGACUUGGAGCAACAGCUGAUCCGUGAGCUGCAACGCCUGCAGCCGAAAAGUGAUAACCAGGAGAGGAGGUCACUCUUGAAUUUCGAGCUGCCCCACGUGACGCCGCGUUGCCACGCCGCCUCCGGCACCAUGUCGGACUUCAUGGCGUUGGUCACCACCGUGCUGCCCCUGGUGCCUGACCUUGAGGACCCUCUCGGAGCCGCCUGCAGGUUGCAGCAGCAUCCAGUCUUGGACGAAGCCGACGUGGUGGUAGUGGGUGCUGGCUCCGCGGGGUCCGUGGUGGCCGCGAGGCUGUCCGAGCGCGAAGACCUGCGCGUCGUGCUGCUAGAGGCCGGCGGCUCCGAACCUGCUGUGUCACAGGUUCCUUCCUUGUACGUGUCGGACGCCGACAGCAAGCGGAAGCUAGACUGGCACUUCAAAGUGGAGGCGCAAAAUAGCUCCUGCAUGAACUCUACUUGCUUCUGGCCCCGAGGCAAGGUCCUGGGUGGCACCUCCACCAUCAAUGGCAUGAUGUACAUGCGUGGCAACUUCCGCGACUACGACCGCUGGGAGGCAGAGGGCCUUCACGGCUGGGGCUGGAGCCACGUGUUGCCCUACUUUCUCAAGUCCGAAGACAACCGCGAACUGGGCGAGAGUCACGUUGAGGACAAGUACCACUCGCGAGGGGGAUACCUGACAGUGCAGCGCUUCCCGGACCAGCCGCAGCUGGCCUGGGACAUCCUGGCAGCAGGCUCCGAGCUGGGCUACCGCUCCGACGUGGACCUGAACGGCAAGAACCAGACAGGCUUCACAGUGGCGCAGGCCAACGUGCGCAACGGCCAUCGCCUGUCGGUCGCGAGGGCCUUUCUGCACCCUGCCAGGGGAAGGCCCAACCUGCGCGUCAUCACGGAAGCCACUGUGCUCCGCGUGACAACGGAGGGCCGGCGGGCAACGGGAGUGGAGUACUUGCGGCGAGGCGUCGUGCACACACUGCGCGCCAAGCGAGAGGUGGUGCUGUGCGCGGGCGCCCUCCAGACGCCGCAGCUGCUGCUUCUCUCUGGCCUGGGGCCGAAAGAGCAUUUGGAACAAACGGGAAUACCGGUGGUUGCAGAUAUCCCUGCAGUCGGAAAGAACCUGGAAAAUCACGUAUCGUAUCCAGUUGAUUUCUUAGCGAGCAAUGCACCACACACCCAGCGCCUGGACAUGCGCUCAGUGGUAAACUUCGUGGCCAACGGCACCGGGUCCAUGACCUCGACGGGGCUGUCGCAGGUAACUGCGUUUGUCCACAGCAAGUACUCCAAAGGAAGAGCAAAAGACUUGCCAGACUUGCAGCUUUUCUUCGACGGCGCUCUUGCAAACUGCUCGCGGACUGGCGCGCACAAUGAGUCUAGUCAUGUACUGGAUAACACCCCUAUUCGGAUUUUGCCGGUGGUGCUGCGUCCGCGGAGCCGGGGCUCGGUGCAGCUCAGGAGUAGACCACUUGCGCCACCACGGCUUUUUGCCAAUGACCUGCAGCACCGCCGCGACAUGGACCUUCUCAUCGACGGCGUGAGAUUCGUGCAGAGGCUGGCCAACACACAGGCGCUGCGCUGGCGUGGGCUUCGCCUGGUGUAUCCGAACGCGCCACAAGCCUGCAGCAGCAAGGAAAUUGAUUCGGACGGAUACUGGGAGUGCCUCAUCCGCCACCACACGGCGCCGGAGAACCACCAGUGCUGCUCUGCACGAAUGGGGCCGGACGGAGAUGUGACGGCAGUCCUGGACGGACAUCUGAGGGUGCGUGGCGUGCAGGGGCUGCGGGUGGCAGACGCUUCGGCCAUGCGCCACGUGGUCAGCGCCAACGUGAACGCGGCCGUCGUCAUGGUGGCCGAGCGCGCGGCGGACCUCAUCAAGGCAGAACACCCGCCGACGAGCUGAACAUCAUCCCCACACACGCUACUGAGGAUACAACGUAGGUGUACUGAGUACACACAUAGAUUUUGUGUGCACGCCUGGCGUUUACACCUACCUUGGCCUGCGGCGCUGGCCUGCCUUCGGCAGACUCUUUUGACACUCAGCGCCACACGAAGAGACAAAGAAGCGUUCAGUUUCAACCUUUAUGCUACGGGGCUCCGCCGCCCUACACAGCGAAAGUUUGUUGUCACUUUAUGACUAGUAAGAGUCAAGGACUCCUGGGCCGUGCUUCCGCUUUCUGUUCAAGUAGACAGCCUAAUGUAAGAGGAGAGUGUAAAGGUCCUUAAGUAGUUAAUAUAUCAGUACUAUUCAAUUCUGUUUAAGUCAAACUGAAUCAAUUUAUUUAACAUUUACUUUCAGAAAACUGUAUUACGUUGUAGGAAUUGGUUUGUUAUUUAAUUGAAUAAAAUUCUGAAUGAACUGAUAAAUGGGAAUGUUGCGGGCAAGGGCAUAUUUCAGACAACAUUUCAACAAAAUAAACAUUUAUUUUCAAAAACACUAAAAA